AGACGUAGGCGGCCGGCAGGUGCACAGCGAGGUGCAGGUGCUGGAGGCGCCGCCCCAAGCCCUGCGAUCAUAGAGGCCGGAAGUGUGACCAGAGUAGCUCCUGAGGGCGUCGCUCCGCCCAGGUCCGGGACGCGAGGGCCGGGCCCCGGCGGGCGAGAUGGCAGCAACGCUGGCCAUCAGGGUGGUCGCCGGGCUGGCGGCCGCAGUUGUGGCGGCGGUGCUCCUGGAGCACUACGGCCUGGCCGGUCCUCCCUCGUCACUGCCGCAGCCGCGCACCCCCCGGAGCCCGCACCCUGCGCCGGGCGCCGGAGCCAGCAACAUCUUCUGGGGUCUGCAGAUAUCCGACAUUCACCUGAGCAGGUUUCACGAUCCAGGCAGAGCUAUAGACUUAGAGAAGUUCUGUUCUGAAACAAUUGACAUCAUUCAACCAGCUCUCGUCCUAGCAACAGGAGACCUGACAGAUGCCAAAACAAAGGAACAGUUGGGAUCCAGGCAGCAGGAGAUAGAAUGGCAGACUUACCUCGGUAUUCUCAGGAAGACAAGGGUAAUGGAAAAAACCAAGUGGCUUGAUAUCAAAGGAAAUCAUGAUGCAUUCAACAUUCCAAGUCUGGAGAGUGUUGAGAAUUAUUACAGGAAAUAUUCUGCCGUACGUAGGGAUGGCUCUUUCCAUUAUGUCCACAGUACUCCCUUUGGCAACUAUUCUUUCAUCUCUUUGGAUGCCACCCUAAAUCCAGGACCUAAGAGACCUUUUAAUUUCUUUGGAAUUUUAGAUCAGAAACAAAUGGAAGAUCUUUUAUUACUGGCCAAGGAAAGUAGUUGGAGCAACCACAGUAUUUGGUUUGGACACUUUACAACAUCCACUAUACUUUCUCCAUCACCGGGGAUUCGGUCAGUAAUGAGUUCGGCUACAGCUUAUUUGUGUGGGCACCUCCAUACGCUCGGUGGGCUGAUGCCUGUUUUGCACACUCGUCACUUCCAGGGCACUUUGGAACUUGAAGUGGGAGAUUGGAAGGAUAACAGAAGGUACCGGAUCUUUGCUUUUGAUCAUGACCUCUUUAGCUUUGCAGAUUUGAUCUUUGGCGAGUGGCCCGUGAUUCUUAUCACCAAUCCCAAGUCUCUCCUCUAUAGUUCUGCUAAACAUGAACCACUAGAAAGACUGCUUUACUCAACACACAUCAGAGUCUUGGCCUUUUCCUUAUCCUCCAUUACUUCUGUGACAGUUAAGAUUGAUGGAGUUCAUUUAGGGCAAGCCAGUCACUUGUCUGGUCCUAUUUUCAUACUAAAGUGGAACCCAAGAAACUAUGGUAAUAAGACACAUAACAUAGAAGUAAUCGUCCAGGAUUCUGCUGGAAGAAGUAAGAGUGUUCACCACGUUUUUUCUGCUCAGAAGGACAUUCAUCUUAGAUUUGAUCCUCUAGCAUCUUUUAUUCUCCUUACUGACCACUGCAUUGUGGCCCGGGUUGUUUUUGUGAUGAUUGUGCUGAUCCAGCUCAUCAUUCUCAUUACUUUCAGGUUUCGAGCACAUCCAGAGCAAAAAGGGCCGCCAGGAUUUGUAAAUUUGACCUCAUUUUCCCUUCACGUCUUGAGCAAAAUAAACAUCUUCUACUAUUCAGUGUUGUUGCUGACCCUAUAUACAGUGCUGGGACCAUGGUUUGUUGGUGAAAUCACUAAAGGCAAAUUGGGCUGCUGCUUUUCCUUUGGGAUCUUUGUUGAUGGACAUUUCCUACCAGGCAGCCUAACGUUUAUAUUUGGAAUUCUCCAGCUGGUGUUUUUUAACAUCCCCUUGAUGGCUUACCUGUGUUGGAGUUUGCUGCAGCGGUGCUUUGGUCACAACUUCAGGUCUCAUCUCCGUCAAGGAAAAUACUUGAAAAUUAUACCUGUUCAUCUACUUAUGUUACUGCUGUACAUCUGGCAGAUUUAUUCCUGCUACUUUCUUCAUAUGACAUAUGGCACUCUAGCUUUAUUAUUCUCCCCUUUGCGGACCUGGCUGACACUGGUGACACCUGUUCUCAUUCGUUGUGUGUGGACACUGAACUCCACAGAACUUGGAACCUUCAUAGUGCAGUUAAAAAGCCACCUGAGUUCCUGAAGGCCAUGUCUCAUCAUCCAGCUCUAGCCCAGGCCUCUGCCCCCCGAAACAGGCGGAAGGCCAAUACUAGUAGGCAAGCUUCAGGGAGCUGCUGUUUCUUGGCCACCUGGGAGUUGGGGGGAUUCCCCACUACUGAUUCCUGCAUAAUGGACUGCAGGAAAAAAAUCUCUAAAUAAUGCCAUGAUUCCUUCCUUCCCUAAGAAGGCAGAAGGUUGAUUUACUUUUGUGAAGAGAGAGCCCUAAUCUAGGAGAUCCACAGGGCAGGAGCUGGUGUGUAUGGUAGUAUGUGAACCCAGUGUUUUUUUAACGUUACCUCAUGUAAAGUACCUAGCACAGUGUCUGGAACUCAGCAGGGGACAAGGGCGCCACCACUUGAGGGGCAGGGAACCAGUGCAAACUUGGGCCUGACCCUGACUACCCUUGAUUAGUUCCUGGUCCUCUUUUCCGACAGGGUUCUCUGCUUCCUCAGUCGGAGGUGUUUGCCACUAAUCAAAUAAAUGAAUAAUGAAUAAGAAAUAA